AUGAAUGCUCCAGCUUGUUCUGCCCCCCACUUCGCGUCCGAUACCUACUCCCCUACACACGCGUACGAGGCGUACGAUUCGCCGUCACAUGCUUCUGAGUAUGCACUCGGCGGCUAUGACCACCCUGCUUGUUCUUCGCAGUGGACCGACGGUACCGACGGGUAUGCGUUCACAUACUCGGAGACACACGAGCAGUUACCCAGUGCUUUCUUCACCACGGAGGUUACAUCUGCGAACACAGCUGUGUCAUCCGUCCCAAUCCCCAUGCCAUCGCUGCCGUCCAAUGACGGACAAACCGCUCUACUCUACGUCACGCAAGCACAUUCUGAGUUGCUUUGGGGGACCCGAUUCGCGGAUUGGCAGUUUCCCGCUUGUGUGGAGUCCAUGGGCCACAGCUCGCCUCCGAUCUCACUCAGGCAAGCACUUCCCUCGAGGUCCGCGCCCUGCAUCUCUCCCGACCUUGUCUAUCCCACUGGACACGCCGAAGAUGAUGGUGUCCCCCUCCCCAACGAAUGCGUACCUCAGACAACGUCGAAUAUCUCCCAGAGCACUCGCGGUGCACAUCAGGCCUCGCGGUCCUCCUCGCACUCAUCGUCUUCGGCCUCCCCAUCGCCUGUCGCCGAGCCUCAUCCUGGGACUUCUCCGCGUCUCGUCGCGUCCACGCGCAGGAACGCGCAGGUACCCUCUCCGAAUGCACACUCAUCCUCCUCACUCAUCCGCACCAACCGCUGGGCGUGUCCCCACUGCCCCUACGUGCAACACAAUCGCCGGUCUCCCGACCUCAAGCGCCAUAUCGAAACACAUACGCAUGGUGCAGAUGUGGCAAUGUGGGUGUGCUGCGGGGUAUAUGCGUUGGAUGCGUUGGACCAGGGGGUGCCGGUCGAGGUGGUGCGGCAGGGUCAGAUCAUGGACUUUGAUGGAGUGCCUAUGAUUGGUGGAUGCAUGAAGACAUUCAGCAGGAAGGAUGCGCUGAUUCGGCAUUUGAAGGCGCAGAAGGGCAAGUGCUUUGGGGACGCGUGGUCGAUGUACCAGCCGGGGAACCGGUUGAAGGAUGGAGAAGGCUUGGAGAGCUGA